GAGUUUGGGGAGGGCCGAAUAUCACUUGUGUGUUUUUGCGCGUUAUAUUCGGGAUCACCAGACCACGCAUUCAUCAGCAAAAAACACCGGCUUUGCUUGUCCAAGCACCAGCGUUGUCAACGCCGCAGCUUCAUGAGUAAAAUGAGGGAACAAUUGCUGCAGUAAAUCACCCGCUGGAGCAUACGUUGUGGUCUAUCGGGUUCGAUUAGUUACACCCUUCCUACUGUCAAUCACUCCAUUCUUUCCUGCUUUCGCGCACGAUGCUUGCUGCUGCGUAGUCGUGAGUGAGCAUACGCUCAUCCCUCGCCCUGCUUUCCUUCAUAGCGCGAGGUUCUCGAGAUCAGAUUGGUAUGGGGAUGACGACGUUGUCCAUGGUUAUAGAGGCGGUUGGUUUGCUUACAGGUUACGGGCCACAGUGCGCUUGGCGGCGGCAACAAUGUCCUCGGUGUGCGGCAAGCACAACUUCUCCAGGUUCUCGGCGUACGGCAUCGGCACGUCCGUGCCAGUCACGCGCUCCAGGGGAGCAUCCAGGUAGUCAAAGGCCUCCGUCUCCAUGAUGAUGCCGGCGAUCUCAGCACCAAUACCGUGCUGGCCCCAGCCCUCCUCAAUGGACACAAUGCGGUUGGUCUUCUUCACGGAGUCAAUGAUGGCCUGACGGUCGAACGGGCGGAUCGAGCGGAGGUUGAUCACCUCGGCGUCAAUGCCCUCCUUGGCCAGAACAGCGGCAGCCUCAAGAGCCUCUCCAACCAUGCGAGAGAAAGCCACGAGGGUGACGUCCUUGCCCGGCUUCAUGAUCUUGGCCUUACCGAUCUCAAUCAGGAAGUCCUUGUCCUGGGCCUCCUUGGACACAGGGAACGAGACACCGUACAGGAGCUCGUUCUCCAGCACCACAACCGGGUUGGGGUCGCGAAUAGCAGCCUUCAGCAGACCACGAGCGUCCUCCGAGUCGUAGGGGGACACCACCUUGAGUCCGGGCACGCUGCCGUACCAGGCGGCAUAGCACUGCGAGUGCUGAGCGGCUGAAAAGAUCAAACGAAUCAAAGUUACGUUACAAAUUAUCCACAGGAUUCUCAACGUAGAAGUUGACAAAUUCAAGAGGCUAAAGAUACGUACCAACACCGGCAGCGGGACCGUUGGAGCCACGGAAGACAAUGGGCACGUGGAUGUCGCCGUUCGACAUGUAGUAUUGCUUAGCAGCCGAGUUAAUGAUCUGGUCAAUGGCCUGCAUGGCGAAGUUGAACGUCAUGAACUCGACGAUGGGCUUGGUGUCGUGGUAGGCAGCGCCGACGGCGAGACCGGUGAAGCCCUGCUCCGUGAUAGGCGUGUCGAUAAUGCGCUUGUCACCGUACUUCUCCCACAGUCCCUUGGAGACCUUGUAAGCGCCGUUGUACUGAGCGACCUCCUCGCCCAUGAGGAAGACCUCGUCGUCACGGGCGAGCUCCUCGUCCAUGGCCGUGUUGAGCGCAUCACGCACCGUCAUCUCGUCGGCCACAGUGGCCAUGGAGCGGCGCAGGAGGCUCGGAGCCGCCUUGAAGGCCUUGCUGGUGGUCAGGACGCGACGGAGAGCCAUUUCAAAUCGUCUCGAGGAGAAGGGGGAGUGGUCUGCUUCUUGCGCCGCAAACUAGGAAAUCAAUGUCUGGGGCUCUGGCGGCCCACGCAGCUCCAAGCAGACCAUUGGCCCAAAGUGCCCAUCUUUCACGGAUAAUUCGAUUAAGUACGGUAAAAGCUGCUUGGUGAAGCGGUGUGUGGGAGCUGUGUCCGAAGAAUCGUCCUACUUUGAGCAGCACAUCGUCCAUUUUUGGUAAAUAGGCGCGAUGGGCAGCACAAUAAUGGACUCAUGACGUCGGACACAGUUUCCUGGUGGGUGUAGAGAUUCGCGUGACGUCAGAUCAUCGGAGCGCUCCACCCAUUACCAGAGACUUUCGGAUCGCAUAGACAAGGGAGACCAGCACGAAGCAGCGUUGAUGGAUAAGCAUCUGGCCGUGGCUAGCAACAGCUCGUCGAGAAUGGAAGUGGAGUAUUUUAGGGCUUGAACUACAUUGUACCUAUGCAAGUGUUACGACAAACUCUUCUUGUUCCUCCUCUUUCUCUUCCUCCUGUUCUUCCUCAGCAAGGAUUGUUGCGCCCGUGUCCGCUUCAUCGCCAUGAUUUGAUGAACACUUGUCCGAGUCGUCGCCUUCCGCUUCACUGGCAGCGGAUGUGGUCAUGGGGUCCGGUAGAUCGGAAACUAAUUCGACUGGGCCGAACACAGGCUCGCUGAGCUGCUGUCGUCGCACACCGAUGAGCACAGCAGCUACUGCAAUCAUGAGCAUGGCUGCGGCGACGAGACCGAGGGGGAGCACCAAGGACGUAGCGUGCUUGAUGCUGAACGGCAGUGCCGCUGUUACCACAGACUCGGCCUUCUGGAAGACCUCCUUCGCCGCAGCAGGCAGGUCUCCAACAGUAAAGUCAAGUUCACUGGUGCCGCUUGCAGACUCGGUAUCAUCACUGCUUGGUUCGAUGUCUUCUUGUGCACCCAAGUAUCCCGCGUAUUGAUUCUCCCAGGAUCCCCAAAAAUCCUCGUUUGCACCGAGUUCGUCGUCGCGCAGGCCCGCUACUAUUGUGUUGGCUCCCGAUGUCUCAACACGAAGGUCACGACGCAUCAGGUUUGCUGCAGCCAUGGUUUUUGUUGUGGCAAUGCUAGCCAAUAGGGCGAUAGAGGUAAGCUUCAUCAUUGGCUGAUGCUACAGUUGGGGUAGACGAGCAGUAGUGGAAUGUGGAAUGGGAGGAGGCGACAGCGAGAGGGAUCAAGCGUCGUUUUCUUUGCAUCCUCGCAUGUGGCAAAUUGCCAUUGACAUUCUGAUGCCUCAAGUUGAAGCCGUUAGAAAACCAACCUCUGAAAGUGCAUAAAACCUCUUUCAUCUUAUUGCGAAACGACGCCAGUAUUUUUCGCAGUUCAACGAGACCUUGCAAUGGAAUAUCUUAGUCUAUCGCCAUUGAAGACUUGAUCCGAGUAUGCAUCGUGUCUUCAACUCGGCUGCUCUGGGACGAGAGCCGGCAUGUCACUUUGGCUUGAGGGCCGAGCACGAUCCUGCUCGGGUGUCAUAUCUGCAUUUGCAUCGUCGAAAACAAGAGCAUCGAUACCUGAGCAACUAAAACUCUAGUAACAUGGAAACUGCCAGCAAGAUGACGCCCAGUGCGCAUGCGCAUGGGCGAGAUACGUGCUCCAAGGACCCUGCCGGCUGCAUGCGUGCUGUCGUGUGGACGGGCAAGUCCGUUAAGCUGGAGCACAUUCCAAAGCCGAAGAUCGUGGAAGCGUCGGACGUGGUAGUGAAGGUCACCGCAUGCUCCGUGAGCCCAGACUUCGCUACUGAUGUUUGCGGCGGGGAGGCCCAGGGAUUGGAAAAGAACCAGGUGCUUGGUAGUGAGGCCGUAGGCAUCGUGGAGAGCGUAGGUGCAGAAGUGAGCAAGGUUAAUGUUGGUGACCGCGUCGCUGUUAGCUUUGUACUAGCUUGUGGUGAUUGCAAGCACUGUCGUCGUCACGAGUACGCGUCUUGCAACUGCACCAAUGCGUCCCAAGAGUUCAAGCAGACCUACGGUGGAUGGGCUCCUGCCGCUGUGCUUGGCAGCACCCGAAUGUUGGGAAAUGUCCCCGGUGUGCAGGCCGAAUACGUCCGUGUACCGUUCGGUGACAUGAACUGCUUCAAGCUGCCGUCUGGUGUGAGUGACGACAAGGCACUGCUGGGAGUGGAGACGACGGUCACUGCGCUGCAUGCUGUGGAUACUGCCAAGGUCCAGGAAGGGGACAAUGUGGUGAUUUGGGGUUUGGGCCCUAUCGGACUGCAGGCUGCUCACUGGUGCAAGCUCCGUGGCGCCAAGACUGUACUGGGAGUCGAGCACUCCGUCGACCGGCUCAAGUUUGCACAUGACCACAUGAAUCUCGAGGUGGUCGACCGUCGCGAGCUGUCCAGUGCUCAAGUGGUGUCCAAGUUGCAACACAUGCUACCGCCGGCCGGUGCUGACGCUGUAAUUGAUGCAAGUGGCAGCUCUACUUCGAUUGGUUGGAUGGCCAAACUGGAGAAGAGCAUGGGCAUGGAGAGUCAUCCCGAGCCUACGGACACAUUCAAAGAGAUGUUGAUGAUCGUUCGCAAGUGCGGUCACAUUUCAAUUGUGUCGGACUAUAUGUGCUCGGUGCAAGCUUUCCCGAUCGGCCACGUCGCGAUGAAGAGUGUCACCGUGAAUGCUGGUCGUACGCCUGCCCAGAAGUACUAUCCCCAGGUAUUUGAUGCAAUCGAAAGUGGCGAGCUUGAUCCAUCGGUGCUUAUUUCGCACCGCCUUGCUCUGGAGGAGGUGCCUCAGGCAUACUCCAAUAUCGCCAAGAAGGAGAGCGGUUAUUUGAAGGUUUUUGUCGCGCCGCACGAUAUGCGUUCGAAGGCGUAAGCAGUGGGAACGAGACCAGAACCGCUCACAUCCGAGAUACCCCAAAAAAAAAAACAAGGAACCCAAACCCCGGCAAAAAAACGGGAAAAAAAAAACCUAAGGGGGAACCCCUUUGCCUAAGUUUUUUUCAUGAGUGCUUAGCUAAUGUGGUAACGAGAUACCGCCUAAUUAAUUUUGUUCGUUCAGG